UUGUGACCUUUGUUCAUGCCGUUUGCAGCUAACGUCGAGCAGGAGGCAGGCGAAUCGGAUGAAGAGCACAACAUUGAGGCGACCCAAAAUCGCAUGGCUGCGCAGGUGGAGGCUGUACUCGAACACUUCAAGCAAACCGAUCCGCUGGGCCUGCCCGGCGUGCCCAUACCCGAUCCCAUAGAUGUGCCCGAUGUCAAGAAGAACAUGGGCUUUGGCAAUCUGGACAUGAAGGAGGUGAAGGCCUACGGCCUGUCCAAGUUUCGCAUAGACACUGUCGAUGCGGACCUAAAGUCAAUGAAGCUGAAGGGUGGCGUGCAAUUGGACGAGAUGUUGGUCAAGGGCAAGUACAAUUUGGCCAGCUGGAUCUCACGCGCCCAGGGACCCUUCACGGUGAUUCUCAAGAAUGUGUACGCCGAGGCGACGGCCUAUUUGGCGGUGGAACGCGAUGGCCAUCUAACCACAGAUCGCAUCAAAAUUGACAUUACCUUCAGGGACAUGGCCAUGGAUUUCCAGAAUCUCGGCUUUAUGGGCUCCCUGUUCCAGGGCAUGGUCAACUCGGCGCCCAAUCUCGUCUUUGAUGCCAUGAAGCCAUUCAUGCUGCAGGAGGCCGACAAGCAGCUGCGCAGCGAGAUCGACAAGAUGAUCAAAACGAGCAUGGGCGAUCGCCGACUGCCGAACUCCAUCACGCCCCUGGACAGUGCCAUUGCGGAGGGCCGUAAGGCGGUGCGCCAGAUGGGCUACGAUCCGUAUCAUUUGCCGGACAUGAAUCGCACCAUGGGCGUGUUCAGUGUGCAGCUAUCGCACACCUGGAUCCACGGCAUCUCCAGCUUCUAUCGUGUGGGCAACAUAACGGCUGCCAUGGCCAACAAGACGGUGUCGCUGGUCUUCCAGGUGGGCACACAGCAGGUGACUGGCGCCGGCCAAUGGGAGAUGGGACUGGGCAUGAUGACUCGCGUCGGCCACGUGCAGUUUACGGUGCAGCAUAUACGCGCCACUGUGGGCGUUAGCCAGUCGCUGGACACCCGCCAGCGGCCGCAGAUCGUCGAUCUGCAGUUUGACAUGGGCAACAUUCAAGUGAGAUGCGAUGGCGCCGGCACCUUGGACUAUGUGAUGGAGUUUGCCGUGAAUGUGGUGCCCAAUUUGCUGCGCUAUCAGAUCAUGGAUGCCAUCGAGAAUCCCAUUAAGCAGCGCGUCCAGGAGAAAUUCAAUACCAUCGAUGUGGAGCAGGCCGUCAAGCAGCUGACCCACAAGUACGAAACGGAAGGCAGCAAUUUUACAUUCGAUUUUAAGUUGUAAAAAGCGAAAUGGAUGCAGACUUUCCUCUAGAAAAUAAUCAAAUUAAUUGAAUAAAGAUUUUAUAUCCCA